CGCCACGUCACCAUUUUCCCGCCUUAUAACUAGGCAAGCAAGAGAGAGAGAGAGAGCAAUCAGAUCAGAAAGUGGAAUAAUUAAAAAAAGCAAAAAAAAAAAAAGUUUCCUAUUGGUCGUUCGCCACCUCUCCCUCUCUGCAAACAUCUCGAACCCACUCUUGUCUGAUAACAAAACAAAAAAACCAAUCAAGGAGAUUGUUGAUUCUCUUUCCUUUUCGUUUGAGAUUUUAUCAAGGUUUCUUUCUUUCUCUCUUUUUCAAUACUCGCUAGAUUCAUUGUUAGUGGUGGGGGUUUGUCCUUAGAAAAUGGAGGAGAAGAAUAAGGAUAAGGAGAGAAAUCCCGAGUUUACGUUCGAAGACGAUGAAGAUCUAGACGAUAGCAGUAAGUACGAGAACGACAGUGGCACUGAUCAGAGCGAUGUCGGAGAUCUUCCUGCUGACGACGACAACGAUGAUACUUUCAUUUCCCAGGUUCAAUGGCCUCAAAGCUUUAGGGAAACCACUGAUUCUUAUACGAUUGCUGCAUCACCAAUCUUCGGGUCUCUCAGGAGUAAUCCGAGUUUCUAUAGACAGAGCAGGAGUAAUUUAGAUGUCGAGUCAAAAGCCCCUCUGCUCCCUGAGAGGAACGAAGAAUCCGACAAAGCCUCGGUUACACAAUCAGUUUGGUCUCAUAAAGGCUCAUUUGCUGAAGAAUUGCCCAUUGGAGGCUAUGGAUGCAGCUUCACUCAAACCAUUUUCAAUGCGAUUAACGUAAUGGCUGGAGUUGGGCUUCUGUCAACACCUUUUACAGUGAAAGAAGCUGGUUGGGCAAGUAUGGUGAUUCUUCUCUUGUUUGCGGUUAUAUGUUGUUACACCGCUACUUUGAUGAAAGACUGUUUCGAGAACAAAUCCGGCAUUAUCACUUAUCCUGACAUUGGAGAAGCUGCUUUUGGGAAAUACGGCCGUAUUCUUAUCUGUGUGCUACUGUACACGGAACUAUAUUCAUACUGUGUGGAAUUCAUCAUUUUGGAAGGGGACAACCUUACAGGGCUUUUCCCUGGUACAUCCGUGGAUUGGCUCGGGAUACGUCUCGACUCCAAGCAUUUAUUCGGAAUCUUAACUGCUCUCAUCGUUCUUCCAACUGUUUGGUUGAAGGAUCUUCGAAUCAUCUCCUACCUCUCUGCUGGUGGAGUUAUUGCAACUGUGUUGAUAGCAGUGAGCACGUUCUUCCUCGGGACAACGGGAGGGAUCGGGUUUCAUCACACCGGUCACGCUGUGAAAUGGAACGGGAUACCGUUUGCAAUUGGUAUCUAUGGAUUUUGCUACUCAGGCCACUCUGUGUUCCCAAAUAUAUACCAAUCCAUGGCUGAUAAAACCAAAUUCAACAAAGCGGUUAUCACUUGUUUCGUUUUAUGUGUUUUGAUAUAUGGAGGAGUUGCAAUCAUGGGUUAUCUCAUGUUUGGUGAAGCAACCUUGUCUCAGAUUACACUAAACAUGCCAAAGGGCUUAUUUUUCUCGAAAGUGGCGCAAUGGACAACGGUUGUGAGUCCGUUUACAAAAUAUGCUCUCCUGAUGAAUCCACUUGCAAGGAGUAUAGAAGAACUAUUACCCGAAAGAAUCUCAGAGAACGUAUGGUGCUUUCUUCUUCUAAGAACAGCACUCGUGGCUUCUUCUGUUUGUUCUGCUUUCCUUAUCCCAUUUUUUGGUCUUGUGAUGGCUCUGAUAGGAUCUCUUCUCAGCAUACUCGUGGCAAUAGUAAUGCCUGCUCUAUGCUUUAUAAGGAUAAUGGGUAACAAAGCUACAAGAACACAGAUGAUCCUGAGUUCGAUAAUAGUGGCGAUUGGGUUGGUAAGUGGGACCUUAGGGACAUACUCUUCGGUUGCAAAGAUCAUUAGGAACUAUUGAUGAAUCUCCAUGACAAAGCCCCCCCCCAUUAGUCUCUCCUUUUCUUUGUGUUUAAUGUUUUUUGUUAAAAAGCUGUCAUCUUUGCUUUUGUAUUUUUGUGUAUUUCUUCAUUUUCCCGAGCAUAUUUCUCUUGUUUUAGAUUUGGGUACAAUCUAUAUGUAAAGAGAGCUUUUCUCUUUUGCCAUUUCAGCAUUCAAUAUUUAAUAACAAACACUAUAUAACUUAAAUUUAAAUUUUACUAUUAAAUUCAGC